AUGAAUAUGUUAAAUAAAGUCAAAGAAUACUCAAUAAAUAAAAAAAGUAAUAUUCUUAAUGUAUAUGGAAUAUCUCAAAAUCCAGAUACAAAAGAAUAUAUUAUGGUUCUCCAAUAUGCAAAAGAAGGCAAUUUUAAUCAUUGGAUGAAUAAAAAUUAUGAAUAUUUUAAUUGGAAAGAUAAAUUAUCUGCAUUGCUUGAUAUUAUUAAUGGUCUUAAAGAAAUUCAUCAAAAAAAUAUAGUUCAUUGUGAUUUUCAUACAGGAAAUAUAUUAUUUUUAAGUAAUAUAAAUGUUUUUGGUGAUUGUAUAUCAAUUUCAGAUAUGGGAUUAUGUGGAGAGGUGUGUAAUAUAGAUGAAACUAAAAUUUAUGGAGUUAUACCUUAUGUGGCUCCUGAAGUAUUAAGAAAAAAGCCUUAUACCAAAGAAUCAGAUAUCUACAGUUUAGGUAUGAUAAUGUAUUUUGUAGCAACUGGAAGACAACCUUUUUACAAUCGUGCACAUGAUCAUCUUCUUGCAUUAGAUAUUUGUAAAGGAGUUAGACCUGAUAUAAAUGAACCAGAAGCACCUAGAUUUUAUAUUGAUUUAAUGAAAAAGUGUUGGGAUUUGGACAAAAAUAAUAGACCUGAUAUUUUUGAGGUGGAAGAAUUAAUCACAUCAUUUCAUAGAUCAUAU